AAAACGUCAUUGUGUUUACGGAUAUAACUAGACUAAAACGCAGCGUUUUAAAUUAAACGACUAGACCCAUUAACCCGACAUUUUGACCCGUCUUUGUUCUUCCUCAAUUUCAAUUCGCGUUCGAUUUCAAACCUCAGCAGAUUCCGAUUAGAUUUUGCGUCGAUGGCGUCAAAUCCACACAGAAGCGGUGCGGGUGGUUCCCUUUAUGGCGGAGCCGCUCCAUACAGAUCUAGGGAAGGGCUUAGUACUAGAAAUGCUGCAGGUUCAGAAGAAAUCCAGCUGAGGAUUGAUCCGAUGCACUCUGACCUGGAUGAUGAGAUCACAGGUCUCCAUGGCCAAGUCAGGCAGUUGAAAAAUAUUGCUCAAGAAAUUGGGUCAGAAGCAAAGUUUCAGAGAGACUUCUUAGAUGAACUGCAAAUGACAUUGAUCAGAGCGCAAGCCGGGGUGAAGAACAACAUAAGGAAACUAAACAUGAGCAUAAUCCGUAGUGGCAACAACCACAUCAUGCACGUGGUUCUUUUCGCUCUCCUCGUCUUCUUUGUCCUCUACAUCUGGUCUAAGAUGUUCAAAAGAUAAAAAGACUCUCCAAACCUACGAUGAAUCUUCAUUUCAAUCGGCGAAGAAUGAAAUCUAGAAAUCCCCUUGCUCAAGUUUAAAAGAUCAUCGAGAGUUGUACAAACUGGAGUAAGAAGAAUUCGCUUACUCUCUAGAGAUUAUAGAACAUAACAUUUUCCCACUUUUAGACUUUUAGUUUUGUGUUCGAACAAACUCUUUUGUCGAUAACCAAAUCAAUCUUAACCAUUACCGGUUUAAUUAGACUUUGGUUCAAUAUCAAAUACUACUACUUCUUGGUUGUAUUAACAGGGCCCAAUGGCUUUGCUUUCUAC